AUGGCGUCGCGGACUCACCCACCUCCUCGACGGGAGGUCAUUCACAGCCUCGACAGAAACAAGUUCCUAUUCCGCGAACCACAAAAUCUGGAUAUGAGCGACCGGAGCGUGCAAGAACCAGCCAUGCCUGUGAGCCAUGUAGAGAACGUAAGACAAAAUGUGACGGCGAACGUCCCGCCUGCCGAAGAUGUCUUCAUACUGAGUGCCAUUGAUAACGAUGGCAGAACUGUCGAAGACCUCACAGUCACGUCUCGGAGGCUCGCAAGAUACGAAGAAUUACUGGGUGAAAUUUUCACCCUUGUGUCACCAGAAGUGCGUUCUAUGAUCAACGAGGCACGACAGCAGGUUGGUGCAAAUGGCAGCUCAGCGUCUGGCCUCAAACUAAUGCUGUGA